UUGCGCUACAGCUUAAAUAAGUCGGUUGAAUUAAAUUUAAUUGGAAAUAUAAGAAGCUGUGGGUGGCAAACAAUCAAAACAAUGGCUUUAAUAGGUGACGAGAAGGUGGAGAGCGUUGAAAGUAUAUCGAAUCUUACACAAACCGAUGAAAUUACCGCUUGUGUUGAAAAGAAACUGUUGCAGUUGCGCGCCGAGAAUGCUGAACGGGCAGCGAAAGUGGCCGACAUGAAAAAGCAGAUGGAGGUGCUGCUGGCCGAGAAGUACGUCGCGAUGAGCUCCGUUUGUCACGCCAGGAAAGUCCCAAACGUGAUGACCAAUAUCGGGGAUCUCUUUGCCAGGAACGCGGCUUUCCUGCACACGCUCAACCAUCUGGUCAUCCAGAAGGGCGGAGUGGCUCAGGCCUAUGCGAACCACUGCAAGAAUAUCAUCAAGACCAAGAAGGCCCACAAGCAGCAGAGUCCUCUCGACGAAACCUCCCUGAUGCCACACCAUGAACUGAAGAACCACAUCGAAGCUUUAAAGAAAGAGGUGCUGAAGAUAAAAUCAAAGUCGUCGUUGAUCUCUGAGAUGCUUAACAAAAAACGGAAUUUAUUCAAUGACAUACAAACGUCCAUUACUAAUGAUAUCCGUGGUCUUUAUCACAUUGAGCGGGAAGCCGUCGAAAUCCUUGACGAUUUGAAAUCAGAAAUGAUCAUAUCUCGACGCUCCGCUUAAUGAAAGUUUUAAAUCAAUAUUGGCUCAAGACUUUGAAAGCUGCAGGCUUAUUUUAUACGAAAACAUGAACAAGUUCUUAAAAUUACGUUUCAACGUAAAGAUUAUAAAUUAUCAAAAAACUAAACGCAAUUAAAUCUUAAACAAAACCUAACCCUUUAAGCAUAUUAAUUCCAUUUGAAACUUCGGACACGUAACACUUGCCGUAAUAAUAGCUUAUUCUAAAAAUAAAAAAAAGUAAAUCCCUAUUUU